AUAUAGAAAUUUUAAUACAAAUACGAUGUUGAUUCAGCAACCAAUACAUCGGAGUAGGGGUGAUUGGAUUUAUCAUCAUAAUUAACGCUAUAACCACUAGACUAAGGAAACAAGUAUAAGAGGGUGGGGGCGCUCCUACUGAAGAUCGUCAUUUCAUAUUACUAUCGCUUGACCAUGGUUCUCCUUGGCGGUGGCACUGGUAAGGAUUCUUCGAGGUUGUUGAGUUAACUUGUAGUGCCGCACUUUUCUGUUAGUCAGUGGUCCAGUUAUUUACCAAGAGUCAAGUUUAAAUCGUGAGGGUGAUUAUAGCUAUUGAAGUUUAUAUUUCUAAAAAAUUUUUAAUUAUUUAAAAAUUUUACAGUUCCUACGUUCGGUAAACUUGUCUUGAGAUUUUAAAUCAUCACAUAAUAAGCCACAAAGAAAGGUUUUACUGUUGAAAAGUAUCAAAAGGCUUACAAUAUGCCCGGAAUCGUUGAUUGGUACCGUGACUUAAUGCAAAAUAAAAUUGAUAAAAGAACUGAAGAUUGGUUUCUUGUUACCGGGCCUGGUCCACUGUUAAUGAUUUUUGUAACUUACAUUUACUUUAGCACAUCAGCGGGUCCAAAGUAUAUGAGGGAUAAGAAACCCUACUCUCUUAAAAAUGUUUUAAUUAUCUAUAAUUUCAUUCAAGUAGUUUUGAGUUGUACAUUAGUUUAUGAAGGUCUUGCAAGUGGUUGGUGGAAUGAUUAUAGUUUCGGAUGUCAACCAGUGGAUAGGUCAAUGAGUCCAAAAGCUUUAAGGAUGGCCCGAGCUGUUUGGUUGUAUUAUAUUUGUAAACUUAUUGAACUUGCCGACACAGUAUUUUUUGUUCUUCGUAAAAAGCAACGACAAAUAUCAUUUCUUCACGUAUGGCAUCAUUCUAUUAUGAUAGUGACAGCUUGGAUUGGAGUAAGAUUUUUCCCAGGUGGUCAUGCUACUCUCCUUGGUGUCAUUAACUCUUUCAUUCAUAUUCUUAUGUAUUCAUAUUAUAUGUUAUCGGCAUUUGGCCCACAUAUGGAAAAAUAUCUUUGGUGGAAAAGACAUCUCACGACAUUGCAACUUGUGCAAUUUUUCCUUAUAUUCAUACAUAAUUAUCAACAAUUUAGGUUGGGAUGUGAUUUUCCUAAAAUUAUUACAGGAUUACUAUGUUUUAAUGCAGGAUUCUUUACGUAUUUGUUCGGCUCGUUUUACGUUAAAACUUACUUAUCAUCAAUGUCCAAAAAAGAUAAUAGAAUAAGAAACGCUCAAUUAACUUCCAAUGACAAAAACGACUGAUCAGAAAGUGAUUAAGUAGGCAUAUUGCGUACUUUUAUUAUUAAUAUUAAUAAUAAUAAUAAUAAUAAUAAUAAUAAUAAUAAUAAUAAUAAUAAUAAUAAUAAUAAUUAUAAUAAUUAUAAAUAAAGUAGUGAUUAUACUCUCCAAAAUAUCAAUCGUCGAUAACUUACCAAUUGAUUCGAUAAUCAAAUUGAGUGCUCUGAUAGCCACAGUUUCAGACCAACCAAGUUGGUGUCAGAUAGUUGCCACCAACUUAGCGACAACUUGCAGUCAACU